AUGCCUCAGUUUCCCGUGAACAAGCUUCAAUUCCGGCCACAUGUUUUUCAGUUCAUUUAUAACUUGGUUUACAAAUUCUCUCCAUUAUCUGAUUGGAGCACCUAUGGUGGUGAUGAUAUCAAAGUCUGUAUAUUCCGCGAUGACGGAGUUUUCUCCGAGGCUUCUUCCUUUUAUGCCCCCGUGAGACAGGGAUCUGCUUUUGAUGGAGAGAUAGCUUUAGUCCAGUUACAGUGUCAUAUCGAUCUUUUUGUAAAAGCUGUUGUCCUAUGUGACUCAAGAGCUGCUUUGCUUGCCACUGCAUCCUUAAAUAAUCCCUUAACUCGAGACAAUUUGGAUUGCUACCUCCAACUUGUAAACCUAGCUUCUCUUAAGAAAACCAUUGUUCUCCAGUGGGUUCCUGCCCAUUGCGGGGUUACGG